CCACUGCUUUCUCAGUAGUUCUCACCUCCAUCACCAUCUCUAACCUACCCACAUCACUUCCCAUGGCGUCCUCCCUCAUACUCUCUUCUCUUCUUCUCUUCCUCGUCUCCGUCUCCCAAGCCCAACAAUCCUUCCGUCCGAAAGCCCUUGUUCUUCCGGUCACCAAAGAUGCUUCCACUCUCCAAUACCUCACCCAACUCAAUCAGAGGACACCACUUGUUGCCAUAAAUCUUGUUGUUGAUGUUGGAGGCCAGUUCCUAUGGGUUGAUUGCGACCAAGGUUACGUCUCUUCUUCCUACCUCCCUGCCCGUUGUGGCUCCGCCCAGUGCUCGCUCGCCAAGUCCACUUCUUGUGGGGAUUGCAACUCUGCUCCUAGGCCUGGUUGCAACAACAACACAUGUGGUUUAUUGCCCGACAACACAGUGACUAACACUGCCACCAGUGGAGAGCUAACCCAAGAUGUUGUCUCCAUCCAGUCCACCGACGGGAAAAACCCCGGCCGGGUGGUGACUGUCCCGCGCUUCCUCUUCACAUGUGCGCCUACCUUCCUCUUAGAGGGCCUUGCUAGCGGCGUCGUCGGAAUGGCCGGACUGGGUCGGACACGAAUUGCAUUGCCCUCCCAGUUUGCUGCAGCGUUUAGCUUCCACAGGAAGUUCGCCAUCUGUUUGACGUCGUCCACGACAUCCAAAGGUGUCAUAUUCUUUGGUGGUGGCCCCUAUGUCAUGCUGCCUAACAUCGACAUCUCAAGCUCGCUCAUCUACACCCCGCUCAUCCUCAACCCUGUUAGUACAGCAUCUGCUUUCUCCCAAGGCGAGGCCUCGACCGAGUACUUUAUUGGCGUGAAAUCUAUCAAGAUCAACGAGAAAGCUGUAUCCUUGAACUCGACCUUGCUGUCCAUCGACAACAGUGGCGUGGGCGGGACAAAAAUCAGCACCGUGAACCCCUACACGGUGAUGGAGAGCUCGAUUUACAAAGCCGUCACCGAGGCUUUCAUACAGGAGGCCUCUUCCAUGGGCAUCACCAGGGUGGCAGCGGUUGCACCAUUUGGGGUGUGCUUUAGCUCAAAGAACAUCUCAAGCACAAGAGUGGGGCCGGCCGUGCCAACAAUCGAUCUGGUGCUGCAGAACCAGAGCACAUUCUGGAGGAUCUUCGGGGCCAAUUCGAUGGUGCAGGUCAGUAACGAUGUCUUGUGUUUGGGGAUCGUGAAUGGUGGGUCGAACCCAAGGACCUCAAUCGUGAUAGGUGGGCAUCAGCUGGAAGACAACCUUCUUCAGUUCGAUCUGGCUACGUCGAGGCUGGGAUUUAGCUCUUCGCUGCUCUUCAGGCAGACCACAUGCUCCAACUUCAACUUCACAUCCAAUGCGUAGGAGGAGUUGUUCAAUAUUUUUAUUAUUUCUGGAUCUAGUGCCUAGUGGGGUGUCUCUUGUCAGUAAUCGGUAUGUGAUAUAAUGUGUUAUGGUUUCUUAUGAAUAAAUGCCUUAGGUGAUCGUUUGGCAUGAGGUGGGCCUCCUGAGUCCUGGCCCUCAUUUCAAGUUUUCCUUGUUAUAAAAUGAAUACUUUUAAUCUUGUAAUUUAAUAAGGCUAAUUAAUAUAAAUCAAUGACAGCCUGGUUUUCUCUUGUUA